AUAAGUAAAGAGCGGGCCAUAUUCAUUAUUCACUCUUCAAGUCUCCAGAUUAAGAUCCAGGGCGAUUCAAUGGCGAUUCUAGCACCACCUCCAUUUCUACGUCUUCAAUUCUACUCACGUUUGUUUUACAAAUAUGCAGAUAGAAACAAUAACUUACAUUCAAAUGAUCCUGCAUUUGGUGGUAGCCUGAGAAGACAUUGUUUGUCAAGGUGCAGGAUAAGAGACAGCAAAGAAGAAUCAGAUGAUAAUAAGUUUGGGCGAAGGCUUCUGUUCUUAAUUGUGACAACAACUUCAACCUUUGUUCAUACAUUGCCUUCAUAUGGAAAAUCUAAAGUUAAAAACCCUUAUGACGAAAGACGAUUACUUGAACAGAACAAGAGAAUACAAAGAGAAAACAAUGCACCUGAUAACUUCCCAAGUUUUGUUAGAGAAGGUUUUGAGGUGAAAGUGGUAACAUCAGAUGAUUUUGUGAAGAGUGAAUCUGGUUUGAUUUACAGGGAUAUUGAAAUUGGUAAAGGUGAUUGCCCAAAGGCUGGUCAACAGGUGACGUUUCAUUACAUUGGGUAUAACGAAUCAGGACGAAGAAUCGAUAGCACGUAUUUGCAGGGCACUCCUGCGAAAAUCCGAUUUGGCACAAAUGGACUUGUUCCGGGAUUUGAAGAAGGAAUACGAGACAUGAAACCAGGAGGAAAACGGAGGAUUAUUAUACCUCCUGAACUCGGACCUCCUGUAGGGCCUUCAACUUUUUUCAGUGCAAAACAGUUUGAAGUGUUUGAUGUGGAACUGAUUGGCGUAAAGGACUGCGAAAGGAGGACUAUUGGUUUCUACUCUGACAUAGUUUGCAAUUGAUGAUUCAAGAAGAGAGAAGACUAAAUAGUUUACAAGUAUUUAUUUAUUUAAAUAGUAAGUAAGCCUUUCUAUUA